GGUGAAGGUGAAGAAAAGGUUGCCAUAAAGCACCAGUCGGAAGGCGCUGAAGAUAUUUCAGGACAAGAGGAGGAACCAGAGCAGGAGCAGGAACCAGAGCAGGAGCAGGAACCAGAGCAGGAGCAGGAACCAGAGCAGGAACCAGAGCAGGAACCAGAACAGGGACAAGAAGAAGCAGAACAAGAAGAUCAAGACGAUGAGAAUAUCUAUUCGAUGAGAGCACAUAAACGAUCUAAUGAAGAAGAAGCUGGAGGAGUGACGAAGAAGAAGAACAUCAGAAAAAGUACAAGGGAUGAAACACCAGAUGAUGGCUCAGGAUUUGUUCCAUUCAAUGAAGAUGGUGCAUACGAUGAAAACAAUGAACCAGUCAUUGAUUAUAGUAAUGAAGACCCAUCAAGUAGGAAAAGAAGAUUAUUGGAAGAAAAAAUGACAGCAGCAUUAAAAUCUCAAACUGUUAGACGUCGUAAAACAGAUGAAGAUGACUUAGAAAGAAUGCAAGAUGAUAGAAUUGAUGCAUUAAAAAAUAAAAUGAUUGAAGCUGCUAAUUUAGAUGUUGAAAAAAAUUCCCAAGGAGAAAUUGCAACUGAAAAGAUAAAAUUAUUAAAAGAAGUGAGUGAUGUUUUAUCAAAGGCAGAUUUAGCUAUAUCAAUUUUAGAUAAUAAUUUAUUAGAAGCGGUUAGACUAUGGUUAGAACCAUUACCUGAUGCUUCAAUGCCAGCUUAUCAAAUUCAAAAAGAAUUAAUUCAUUCAUUAGAAGUUUUACCAAUUAAAACUGACCAUUUAGUUGCUUCAGGUAUAGGUAAAGUAUUAGUCUUUUAUCAACGUUCUCAAAGAACUGAACCAAAUUUGAAAAAAAUUGUUGAUCGUUUAAUUGGAGAUUGGACGAGACCAAUUUUGAAUAAAUCUGAUUCUUAUAAAGAUCGUACUAUUCAAUUCCAUGACUAUAAUAAAAACAGAUUCACUAAUCAAUUAUCAUCUACUAAACGCACUAAGCCAAAGGAAACUAAAACAUUAUAUGAAGAAAGUGCCGAAAGAAGAAAUAGAGCUGCAAUCCCAUCAGCAAGAACCACUGCUUAUAAAAUUGCACCAAAAGUUGAUCCAAGUUUAUUAAAGAGAUAUCAAGGUAAGGGACAAGAUGAAAGAUUUAGAAGAAUUAAUCAAAAAAUGACAUUAAUGAAUUUUAAGAAGAAGGCAACUAAAAAGGGUGGACCUUCAAUUGAAGGUAGAAAUUUAGCCAUGUAAUAUAUCUAGGUAAAUAAAGAAAUACAACG